AUGGGGUCAAUGGGGGCGCCGAAUGUUCCACGUGAGCAGAGCUUGAAUUUACCAGUUAUAGAUGUGUCCGACACCUCACCUGAGAAUGGCAAACGCCUUGUGCAAGCCGCUAUAGACUAUGGAUUUCUAUACGUCUCGCCCGAAGGCACGCCUUUCAACGAACAACUCAUCGACGCUCAAUUCAAGCUCUCUCGGGAAUUCUUUACAUGUCCAUUGUCUGAGAAGGAGAAGUUCCAUGUAGGAACUGAUAACAGAGGCUGGCUGGGUAUGCACAAUGAGAUCUUGGACCCUGCAAAGCAGAGCAAGGAGUUUAAGGAGGCUUUCAAUAUUGGUGAAUUUGAUGAGGAGAGAAUGCCUCAACAGAUAAUGCCAGGAUGCCUCUCAACUGAGACGAGCUUGACACAACUGCGCGACUUUGAGGCGGCUUGUGACAAGACGUGUAAAAUGUUCCUGGACUUGAUAGGGAUUGGUCUUGAGGUGGAGGAUGGGUUGAACUGGUUCUCGAAGAGACAUGGUCGACCGAGUGGUUGCACCAUGAGGAUGCUGCAUUAUCCUUCAUUACCCAAGGGCACUGAUUACUCACUCGACAAUGACGUGAGAGCAGGCGCACAUAGUGAUUACGGCAGCAUCACUCUUCUCUUUCAACGAUCGUCUCAGCCUGGUCUGGAGAUCAGACCUCCUGGUGGUACUGAUACAUGGGCACCUGUUGCCGUAUUUCCUCCUAACUACGCUUCCUCUAGUUUACCACCGAUCCUGGUUAACAUAGGAGAUCUAAUGAGUUACUGGACAAGCGGACUGCUUCGAAGCACAGUUCACAGAGUGAUCUUCCCAAAAGACACCAAAGCUGGACAGGAUCGUUACAGUCUAGUUUACUUUUGCCAUCCCAGAGAUGAUGUCGAAUUAGAAGCGGUCCCGAGUCGGAUUGUGCGGGAGCAUAAGCGGAGGAUAGGACAAGCAGAUGAAGAUGAGACGCUACAUGGAUAUGGUGGUGGAAUGAAUGGCAAGCGAGCCAUGACUGCGAGGGAGCAUCUGACGAAAAGGCUGAGCGCUACGUACAGUCAUCGUGUUGAAAGGUCGUAA